UCACGCGCGUGCGCCCUCCGCGUGCCCUCAACGGCACCGAGGACGUUAGCCCUUCGGCGUGGUGGUUUCCUUAGAAACAGAGGCGGCCCAGGUGGCGGCCACCAAGAGACCAAGACGGUGAGACUCCUGGAGAAGUCAAGAUGUCGGCAAAGGACAAGAGGAAAGGCAAGAACAAAGGCAAAGAAAAAGACAAAAAGAAAGUAGUAAAAACAGAGGACCAAGUGGUUGAACGAGCUAAGGCCAAUGCCUCUCUCUGGGAAGCCAGAUUGGAAGUCACAGAACUCUCUAGGAUUGAAUAUCGCGAUACUUCCCGGAGACUGGCGAAAAAUAAUGAAGACUUAAAGAAACAGCAGUAUAAAUUGGAAAAAGACACUAUGUCUGUAUUAAGCUACUUGAAGAAGCAGGAUCAAGAGAAAGAUAAUAUGAUAGAAAAACUGAAACAGCAAUUGGUUGAAACAAAGGAAAAAGCCAAAGAAGAGAAGGAAAAAUUGCUGAAAGAAAAUUUAAGGAACUCAGAGAAAAAACAUCAGGAGACUCUUAGAAGACUAGAAGGCAGAUUUUUUGAAGAAAAGCGCCGUCUGGAACAAGAGGCUGAGAAGAGGAUAGUAAUGUUGGCCGAGAGAGCCCACCAUGAAGCUGUUAUACAGUUGAACACUGCUGGAAGAAAUGUUUUUAAAGAGAAUGUGUAUCUUCACAAGGCUCUUACAUACCACUUGAAGGAAGCUGAAACACGACAGAAAAACUCCAAGAAGUUGCAAGAAAGUCAUUCCUGCCUUUUACAUCAAAAGGAAAUCAAUGAGCUGUUGAUUAAGGAAAAGAUUAUGCAACUUACCCAGCAGAGAUCACAAAUCCAAACUCUUCAAAAGAAGGUGAUAAGCUUGGAGAAUGCACUGACUUUUAUGACCACAGAGUUUGAGGCUGAAGUUCUGAAACUGCAGCAAAAGGCAAUUAUAGAGAACCAAGCAGGCCAGGUAGAAAUUGAGAAGCUGCAGCAACUUCUUCAGAUGAAGGACAAGGAAAUGAAUCGAGUGAAAAAGCUGGCUAAGAACAUCCUGGACCAGAGGACAGAAGUGGAGCAGUUCUUUCUAGAUGCUCUGUACCAAGUGAAACAACAGAUUCUGAUCAACAGGAAGCAUUACAAGCAGAUAGCACAAGCUGCUUUCAAUUUAAAAAUGAGAGCAGCCUGUGCGGGAACAACAGCAUAUCCCAGAAUCAGGACCUUUGAUGGCAAAGAAUAUAGUACCAAUAGUGUGCAUCAGGAUCUCAUGGAGGCUGAAAAAUGGCCAAGUGCUCAAAAAAAUGUGGAUAUUGGAGAUUUGACCUGGGAGCAAAAGGAGAAAGUCUUAAGAUUGCUUUUUGCAAAAAUGAAUGGUUUUGCUGCUAGGAAAUACAAUCAGAGUUCGAAGCCUCCUGUUCCAGACCAUGUUUCUGACAGUGGAGAGAUGAAAGAAAAUGGGGAUGAAACUAAUCUUCCAGACCAAACCUUCAUCACCCAGCAAGCUCCAGUAUCAGACUCCAGUAAAAUUAUGUCACCAGGUGUUACUCCUAAAGGAUUACAGGACUCUAACACAAAACCUUCUAUUUACUGGAAGAUCUGUCCCUAUGCUGACAUUGCCCUCCAAGUCAUUAGAAGUAGUGAACUGUUAGAAGAUGGUUCUAAGCUCUCAGUCCAGGUAAACACUUCACAUCCAGAUCAGAUGCAUGAAGAGCAAGUGCAGACCUGGCAUUAG